UUCCGGCUGGCGUUCGACGUUGGCGCUGAGCGCGCGGCCUGCGCGGGACACUCGCGAGGAGACAUGGUGCUGCUCCACGUCCUAUUCGAGCACGCGGCCGGCUACGCGCUCUUCGCCCUCAAGCAGGUGGAGGAGGUCGGGCUGCUCCUGCCUCAGGUGGAGGAGAGCGUGCUGAACCUGGGCAAGUUCCUCUCCGUGAUCAAACUCGUGGCCUUUUCCCCAUUCAAGUCUGCCCAAAGUGCCUUGGAGAACAUCAACGCCAUUUCCGAAGGGAUCCUCCAUGAGGAUCUUCGUCUCCUGCUAGAGACUAACCUGCCGGCGAAAAAGAAGAAAGUCCUUGUAGGGGUCAGCGAUGCCAAAAUUGGGGCUGCCAUCCAGGAAGAGCUGGGCUACCAAUGCCAGACCGGGGGAGUGGUUGCUGAGAUCGCCCGAGGUAUCCGGCUGCACUUCCACAGUCUGGUUAAGGGCCUGACGGCACAGUCCGCCUCCAAGGCCCAGCUGGGGCUCGGGCACAGCUACUCCCGAGCCAAAGUGAAGUUCAAUGUGAACCGGGUGGACAACAUGAUCAUACAGUCCAUCAGCCUCUUGGACCAGCUGGACAAAGACAUCAACACCUUCUCCAUGCGCGUCCGCGAGUGGUACGGCUAUCACUUCCCAGAACUGAUCAAGAUCGUGAGCGACAACUACACCUACUGCCGCCUGGCCAAGCUCAUCGGGAACCGGAAGGAGCUGAGCGAGGAGAGCUUGGAGGGGUUGGAGGAAGUCGUCAUGGACGGGGCCAAGGCUCAGGCGAUCCUGGAGGCCUCCCGCUCCUCCAUGGGGAUGGAUAUCUCUCCCAUCGACCUCAUCAACAUCGAGAGCUUCUCCAGUCGCGUCAUUUCUCUCUCCGAGUACCGCAAAGGCCUACAGGAGUAUCUCCGCUCCAAGAUGAGCCAGGUGGCUCCCAGCCUCUCAGCCCUGAUUGGAGAAGUGGUUGGCGCCCGCCUGAUCUCUCACGCUGGCAGCCUCACCAAUCUGGCCAAGUAUCCAGCCUCGACAGUGCAGAUCCUGGGCGCGGAGAAGGCCCUCUUCAGGGCCUUGAAGACCCGAGGCAACACUCCCAAAUAUGGCCUGAUAUUCCACUCUACUUUCAUUGGGCGGGCAGCUGCCAAGAACAAGGGGCGCAUCUCCCGCUACCUGGCCAACAAGUGCACCAUCGCGUCCCGCAUUGACUGCUUCUCAGAGGUCCCCACGUGUGUCUUCGGAGACAAACUGCGAGAGCAGGUAGAGGAGCGCCUGGCCUUCUACGAGACUGGGGAGCCCCCUCGCAAGAACCUGGACGUCAUGAAGGAGGCUGUUGUGGAGGCCACAGAAGCGGCUGCUGAAAUCAAAAAGAAGUUGGAGAAGAAGGAGAAGAAAAAACGGAAGCGUGAGAAGAAGCGGCUGGAGGCGUUGGCAGCUGCAGAACAGAUGGAGAACUCUGUGCUUGAGACUACGGCAGAGGAAAAUGAGGAUGAGCCCAAAAAGAAGAAAAAGAGAAAGCGCCAAGAAGUGGAGGAAGAAGAGUCCGAGCCAGCCGAGAACGGCCUGGACCAAGAAGAAGCCUCCCCAAAGAAGAAGAAGAAGAAGAAACUGGCUGUGCUGGAGACGCCCCAACAAAAGGUGAAACGGACAAAAAAGAAAAAGGCCAGAAUGGAGGAAGAGGAUGACGACGAUGAGGACUAGUGUGCAGGAACCCUGUCCAGUGAUGGCCAGCCAGAGGCGGAGGGCUGCUGCUGCUGCUGCUGUCUUGGGGUUCCUCUAAAACUUCGUUCUGGAGCUUUGCACUUUGCUCCCUGUCCAGUACUUUCACAGCAACUGAAUGUAGCCCAGGUUGGACGGAGCUCAAGUGGACAGAAGGGCAGUCUGGGAUCGGGGGCAGGCCUUUUACUCCCUUUGUGCAGGGGCUUAAUACUCAGAGUAGGACUGCUGCAGAUGUUUGCCUGCCUGCCUGCCUGCAGUGGAGGUGAGAAGAGGUGAGGGCUACGGAACAGGCAUUCAGCGGACGCCUAACGCUGCCCCACCACUAGAUGGACGGCAGCAGCAGAGGCAGGGGCCUGUAAAUUGAACAUUUUGUGUACUUGACCUGCCAAUAACAAUAAAAUGUACUGUCUUUUUCUAGCA